CUUUUAUGCUGGAAUGAUGAGGUGGAGAUAGUGCAAAUUAAAGGGAAUGGGUUCUGUAUUCAAGUGCAAGUGCAUUCGAAGAAAACAAAUAACUUGGAGUGGUGGAUCUUUGUGUACAUGAGCACAGAGAGAAGUGAAAGGGAAAGACAAUGGGCGUCCUUGAUUGCGGAUAGAGAGUCGUGGGGAGAAGAUUGGGUCAUUAUGGGUGACUGGAACGAUAUCCGAUCACAGAAAAAAGCCUCGGCCUCGUGGCUUUGGAAUAGUUGGGUGGAGGUAAUCCCCAUACUGGCUAAAGGCGGCUCCCAAACGAAAAUUGAGGACCACAGUUGGGUUCCCCAGCUGGGACACCAGAGCUCGAAACCUGUCGACAGGGCUAGUUUCAAUAUCAUCUGGGUGAAUGAAUUAAUGAACGAGCAGGGUACACAAUGGAAUGAGGAGCUGGUGAAAAGGACGUUCAAUGACAGAGAAAGCCGGGCAAUUCUUGCAAUUAAAAAUCUGCAACCUAGGAUGCUUGAUAGAUGGAGAUGGAGAUUGGAUUCCAAAGGCAAUUACACAGUGGCCAGUGCAUAUUCUCAUUUGAUGAAGGAAAAAAUGAUUAAAAUAGAUGCAGCCGAAGGCAGCCGAUCAGCUGAACUGGACAAAAAUGUGAGAGAUAGGAGCUGGCAAAUGCGAGUUAAAAGGAAAUUGAAACACUUUGUUUGGAAAAGUUUUUCAGGAAUUUUGCCAGUUAGCUGCAACUUGGAGAAAAAAGGAGUGUCGGUGGAUGUUAUAUGCCAAAUGUGCGGGGAAGAAGAGGAGACUAUAGAGCACUUAUUUUUUAGAUGUAAAAGAGCUAAGUUG